CUAUACGAGACACGAUGGUACGAUGGGGAUCCCCCAUUCGUCUUAUACGCCUUUCUGUAGGACAGAGGAGGAGGCAUUCAACUAAUGCCAAUUCACGUUACGAACUCGUAUCUAGAGUACCGAAUCCCCGACCUCAACCUAGACAUGCCGCCAGCAGUGGUAAUCUGGGUUCGGAUCCUCCCGAUAUGGACUCAAAUGCCAACAAUACAAAGGUGCGUCGUGCUCAGAGGUUACCGAGUCUUCGUUUAGCUAAUGGUAGGAUUAACUAUGGUAGUCCGUCUGAAGAAGAAAUACGUUCCCCUCGUAGUCUCCAUAAAGAAGACUCAAUUAAGAUUAGUAUUGAAAAUACUAAUACGUGUUCAGACUCUUUAGUAACUGCAGCUGAUGACGAUCAAACUCUUGUUAGUGAUUAUAUAUCCCCGGAAAUGAAUUUUAAAGAUUCAAAAGUGAACACCGCUGCCGGUGCAGCCAAAGAUGGUGAUAAGGACGAUAUUAGUCUAUACGGAACUCCUAAGGAAGAAAUCGGCCCGGGACUGUCUGAAGUUAAAGCUUCCUUCAUGAGGAACCAAUUAGAAGCACUGUUUCAGCCAUCGGAUAAUAAGUUAGCAAUGAAAUUGUUUGGAAGUAAAAAGGCGCUUAUGAAAGAGAGAAUCAGACAGAAGGCUGCGGGACAUUGGAUCAUCCAUCCAUGCAGUACUUUUAGGUUCUAUUGGGACCUCUGUAUGCUUCUCCUACUUGUAGCUAACCUCAUCAUCCUUCCCGUGGCGAUUUCUUUCUUCAAUGACGAUUUGUCUGCGAGAUGGAUAGCCUUCAAUUGUUUGUCAGAUACCAUCUUUCUCUUAGACAUUGUCGUCAACUUUAGAACGGGUAUUAUGCAGCAAGACAAUUCCGAGCAAGUGAUAUUGGAUCCUAAACUUAUAGCUAAACAUUAUGUGAGGACGUGGUUUUUCCUGGAUUUGAUAAGCUCUAUACCUCUGGACUACAUCUUCCUUAUCUUUCAGCAGGACUACAGUGAUAACUUUCAACUCCUUCAUGCAGGAAGGGCGUUGCGUAUCCUACGGUUUGCAAAAAUGCUCAGUUUAUUACGCCUGCUUAGAUUAUCUCGGCUUGUGCGUUAUGUCAGUCAAUGGGAAGAAGUAUAUAUGCACAACUUGGCCUCCUUAACCCAGACAACAGGACCAUUCAGCUAUUUGUUUGAUUAUUGUGGGGAAGCGUGUGCCUUGAAGUUCUUUAACAUGGCAAGCGUCUUCAUGAAGAUAUUUAAUCUUAUUUGUAUGAUGCUACUAAUUGGACACUGGAGCGGUUGUUUACAAUUCCUAGUACCGAUGUUACAAGGCUUUCCUACAAAUUCUUGGGUUGCAGUAAAUGAAUUACAGCACGCCUUCUGGUUAGAGCAGUACUCUUGGGCAUUGUUUAAAGCUAUGUCGCACAUGUUAUGUAUUGGUUACGGCCGAUAUCCACCACAGAGCUUGACCGAUAUGUGGCUAACGUUACUCAGUAUGAUUAGUGGAGCCACUUGCUACGCUCUGUUUUUGGGCCAUACAACCAAUCUUAUUCAAUCCUUGGAUUCUUCCAGGAGACAAUACCGCGAAAAAUUAAAACAAGUUGAAGAGUACAUGACCUACAGAAAGCUCCCAAGAGAUUUGAAGCAAAGAAUCACUGACUAUUUCGAACAUCGAUACCAAGGAAAGUUUUUCGAUGAAGAGAUGAUCCUUGGAGAAUUAUCGGAAAGGCUAAGAGAAGAUGUUAUAAAUUAUAAUUGCCGUUCACUUGUUGCUUCCGUUCCUUUCUUUGCCAAUGCAGAUCCAAAUUUUGUGAAUGACGUGGUAACGAAGUUAAAAUAUGAAGUCUUCCAACCAGGUGAUAUCAUUAUUAAGGAAGGAACGUUGGGAACAAAAAUGUACUUCAUCCAAGAAGGAAUCGUCGAUAUCGUCAUGACUAAUGGAGAAGUGGCAACUAGUCUUUCCGACGGUUCUUACUUUGGAGAAAUCUGUUUGUUAACGAAUGCUAGGAGAGUUGCCAGCGUGCGAGCAGAAACAUAUUGCAAUCUCUUCUCCUUAUCGGUGGAACACUUCAACGCCGUCCUUGAUCUGUAUCCGCUCAUGCGCAGAACAAUGGAGUCGAUAGCAGCCGAACGACUCAACAAAAUUGGCAAGAAUCCAAGCAUCGUUAGCAACCGGGAAGACCUACAGCAUGAUCUGAAAACAUUCAAUGCACUCUUGCAAUCAGCCCAGAGUCCAGAGAGUAGCGAAGAUUCAAGUAACGACAAGAAUACGUUGACCAUUGCUAAAGGUUUGAAGCACACGAUACCCAGGCCCAAAUCGGAAAGUUGCUUUCCACGUAUGGAUCUCGGUAGACCCGAGCAGGCUCCAUCACUUCAUCGAUCAGAAACAUUCUAUCAAUCUAGCAGCAGUACACCAGCCGAGACAACGUUUCAUGCCUGACAGUCACCUAACGGCGGGAGUGGUGGCUUAGGUGUCUUAUUGCCAGGAUGGCUGGUUGAAUUCUUAUAACUGGCUAUGCCCAAUACAAAAUGGUGCAAGCUGUCGUGUCUAAUACCAACGACACAAACUGUUGAACUUUAGAAUUAUCAUCUUCCUGGUGCUAAGAAUCAAGGCUACUGCUUUCGACCGAACUUAUAUUCUACGAGAAGCCACAUUUACCAAAAGCCUUAAUCUCUAGGCUGACUUAAAAGGCGAGGCAAUUGGUAUAAGCAGCAUUGCUUAAGUAACAUAGUAAUGACCCUAGGGAAUGAAAAUAAUUCUUUAGCGUGCAUUUAACUGCAAAACAAACAUAUUAGCCAACGUAUGACAUAAACUCAUGUAUUUCCUGCACCUAUAGAUACACAUCAUUCUAUCGUAUGCUAUUCUAGUCAUAUUGUUCUAGGCAUCAUAGUGUGUUCUAAUUACCCCAGAGGCCUUUAUGCUUUCACUAAUCAAAUUAAGACAGAAAUAUUUGGAUAUUAGUGAAGAAAAAUAAAAUUUAAGAGGGGUGUGAGGAUAUUAAAUUAGUUUUCUUAUUUUAUAAUUUUUAAACAUAAGAAGCGAGGGAAAAGUACAUAUUUAGUAUAGUUAAGUUGCUUGUAAUGUACAAUGAUUGUUAAAGACGAAUGACAAUGUGAUAGGAGAAAAAAUGCAUUACUUAUAUUCUUUAAAAAGACUAAUUUUAACAUGCAAACUUUUUCAAUCUUCCCUUUGGUCCCUGGAUCAUGUUAGCAAGCAAUAAAGCAAUACAACUUGAAUAUAGACAAAGGACUGCUUCAAAGUCUUGCCAGUGCAAGGCUGUUUGCAGCCUUCUGCAGUAGCAUAGGAAAUGUACAGUACAUAGAAAUAGGUAAUGUACUUAUGUGAUGUGCUAUGUAAACGAUAACUAUGAUAAAACAAGAAAAAAAUACAAAAAAAUACAAAAAUCCAAGGCAGUUCUUCAUAAAGUGUACAUACUAGAAAACGUUGUAGUUAUAAAUCAUAUAACCAUUUGAUACAUUAGAAAGGAUAUUAUUAUUCACAUUUGUUCAUUUUUGCACAUGAAAUGAGCUGUUAUUUUUCAUCUUGUGCACUGCCCAUAUCUUAUUUUUUAUUUAGCACAAAAUUUUUGGGUCUAUUCUUUUUUAAGGGGAAAAAAGAGGAAAAAACUAACUAUAAUGAGUAGCUAAAAUAUAAUGAAAAUACUCAUAAUUUUUAGUUUUUAAUCUCGACUUUUAUGAUAAAUGAAUGUUGUUAGCAGGAUGUCUUAAGUAAGUCAUACAUGAUCAUCCUCGUAAUGACUUUGCUGACGUUCUGACGUAAUCGAAUGCCCUUAGAGUUUUAAGUUGCUGUUUUAAAUUACAUAUAUUCAUAUCCAGAUCGAAAAUAAGAAUAUAUAUAUAUUAAGUAUUUUAAUAAAUCACUAUUUAUAUAGUAUAAAUAGUAAUAUAUAAUAUAUAUAUAUGUAAAAUAAAAAAAAGUUUAUAAAAACAGGUUAUUAGAAAUUUAAAAUUUUAAGAUAAAUAUUUUCGAGUGGAAUUAGAAUGUAUGCGAUGAUAAAAAUGUUUAUGAUAUAAUAACGAUUUUAAAAUUUAGAAAAAUUUAGAUAAGGCUAGAAAAUGUUUUAAAAAAAACAAAUUGCAUAGUAUACCGAAAUGCACAUUUACGCACAUUCUAAGUAUUAUUUUUUAAAUUGAGAAAGAGAAUACAACACGAAGACAUUGUAAGGGACAUUUGUAAAACAGUUUUUCGAAUUUCAAACUGAUUUACUAAGCAUUGUUUUAAUUCUAAUGGCAGGAAAUGUUAAUUGUCAGCAACGUCAGCAAUACGUCAUGUUAACGUCAUCAUUUCCUAGUUAUGUGUCGGCGGGAAAAUUAUUUUUGCAUCAAAGGGGAAAUAAUAACGUUUAUGUAAACGAAAUUGCUUCACGAAAUAAAAAGCUGUUAUUUAAAAAUGAAAAUUGGGGUGAAUGUGUUUCUCAUUUUUGUCUGA